AUGCCAAAAUACGACCCCCAAAAAGAUAUUCCUGACCUCUCUGGAAAAGUCAUCCUGGUCACUGGAGGAACAGCCGGCCUAGGAGAAAAAACAAUCCUCACCCUCGCCACUCACUCCCCCUCUCACAUCCUCUUCACCGGACGUUCCGCCGCCCGAGCAGAAACCCUAACCAACACCCUUCACUCCCAAUUCCCCACCACAACCUCAACAUUCAUCGCCACGGACCUCGCCUCCCUACCCCCCAUCCAAGCCUCCGCAAAACGCAUCCUCGCCCUCCUCACUAAACUCGACAUCCUAAUCUGCAACACCGGCAUCACGGCCCUCCCCCCAGGCCUCACAGCCGACGGCUACGAGAUGCAAUCCGGCACCAACAUCCUCUCGCACGCGCUCCUCAUCAAGCUCCUGCUGCCUCUCAUGCUCACGACAGCCAAACAGCCAAACGCGGAUGUCAGGAUCGUACUUCUGACCAGCGAAGGCUACGCCUUCCACCCUUCCGGCGGGACCGUAUUCCGAGACCUCAAGACCUCGCAGUCGGGCAUCGGACUUCUGGGGCCGUGGCAGCGUGUGCACCAGGGUGUGUUCAAGACCGGGUUGGUAGGCGAUUUGGGGUGGGGACAGCGGGCGUUUAUCGCGGUUACGAAUGCAGGCAGGUUUGGGGAUGAGAAGGAGAUGAGCAGUAAUGCUUGUUGGGGGGGGGCGACGAGCAGCAGGGAGGCGACCGAGAAUGGCGGGUUCUAUACGCCGGUUGGGGUGAGGGGGAAGAGGGCUAGGGAGAAUGAGAAUAUGGAGCUGGCGCGGAAGUUGUGGGAGUUUACGGAGAGGGAACUUGCUGCGUUCACCACCGAAACGUCGGUGUAGCGGUUCCGGAAGUAGAGAACGAAACGGGUUCAUCUGCGUGGGACCUUGCUUUUGGUAGUUUCUUCCUUGCCAAAGCUCUUAGCCAGUUCAGUUAGGUUCCGCCCUGUCAACAAAUCCUCUGAACUUACAGAAUAGAACCCUCCUG